AAAAUAAUUUAUUUUUGGAUCAAAAUACUUUUAUUUAGUAUUAAAAUUUUGGGAUUACUGGGAAAAGAUGAAUUGAAAUUAAAAUAUGUGAAUGUGGUAUUUCGUCAUGGUGAUCGCACUCCUGAUUAUUCUGAAACCUAUCCGACAGAUCUUAAUAUCAAAUCUAAGUUUUAUCCCCUAGGUUAUGGCGAAUUAACAAAUAGAGGAAAACUUCGUGAAUACGAGCUCGGCCAAUUGCUUCGUGAUAAAUAUAACGAUUUUCUAGGUGAAUUGUAUUUACAACAAUCAGUCUAUGCGCUAAGCACUGACUAUACGAGAACAAAAAUGUCUUUGCAACUCGUUCUCGCCUCUCUUUAUCCUCCUUCUGGUGUACAAAAAUGGCAUAAUAAACUUAAUUGGCAACCUAUUCCAUCGAUGUUUCUGACUUCCGAACAAGAUUGGCUUAUGGUUCCUGAAGAAUGUCUUGAGUAUAUACAACUUCGUAAAAAAAUUGAAAAGACGCCAGAAGUUGUAGGCAAGAUAAAGCAAUUUAAAGGACUUAUGCAAAAUCUCACUGAGUGGACUGGAAAACCAAUUUCCACUACAUACGAUAUCUAUAUGCUGUAUCACCUUUUCGUUGCUCAAUCCUUUUUAAAUUUGACACUUCCAAAUUGGACCAACACUGUAUUUCCAUAUGGCCAACUUUUCGACGCUAUUAAGCUCGAGUAUGAAAUUUUCAGUUACACAACAGAUAUGCGAAGAAUUAAUGGAGGUAAACUCUUAUAUAAAAUAGUCAAAGAAUUAAGAAAUGUUAAAAGUGGAAUUGCAGAUAAAAGACGUAAAAUAUCUCUGUACAGUGGGCACGAAACCAAUAUCGUUGCUCUACUACAAACAUUAGGAGUUUAUACACCACAUGUACCUGCUUAUUCUAGUGCUAUUAUAAUUGAAUUUUAUGAACAAAACUCUGAGUACUUCGUGAAAGUGUUAUAUUAUCGAGGUGUACCUGCAACACUUUUGACGCAACAAAUUCCAGGAUGUGAAAUACUUUGUCCAUUUAAUAAAUUUUUGGAUUUACUUAAAGAUGUAAUACCUUCACAAAAUGAAUUAAGGUGCGAUAAAAGUAAAACAAUUACAGGAAAUAAUAUAUCCGAUGUACUAUAA